ACAUUGUCGCGUUUAAUACCGAUCGGGACGCGGCUGGGCAGAAACGCGCCGCUCGGACCGCCAGGUCCAGCGCCUUCGGCGUUAGUAUCGUAACCCGACGGGCAGGGCGAGGUGGCUCUGAAAGCCCCCGAUCACGCAAAAAAAAGAAAAAAAAAGAAACUGCCCCACCCCGCAAAUACAUCACUGCGGCUAAAAAAAGAAACAGGAAGCAGCGAGGCAUGCUCUUACCGUCUAAUGGGGGAGGACAGCAAAGCGUGCUAGGAGCCGCUACGAGAGGCGUUUAUUUCCGCGAGGAUCCGGAGGGGAGCAGGGGUGCCUGGCCGCGCUGAGUCCGUUUCAGGGGCUCUGUCAGCAGCAUGGGACAGUUCUUUGGAAAGCAGAGCCCUCAUAUGGAGAAGACUUCGGUACCUGAACCCGGAGGAAGCCAGACCUCGGAAAAAGCAGAUGACGACAACGAGGUUUUUGGCCAGGGCGAGGCAGAUGCGUGCCUGAACAAUGGCAGACCUACCAAGGGGACAGCGCCGACUGACUCCGCGGGUGCGGGGAAUGCGGGGAACUGUGCCAGCACAGCUGACCCCAACAGCUCCCGCCCCCACCUGGUCCGCCUUUUCUCCCGGGAUGCCCCGGGACGGCAGGACAACACCUUCAAAGACCGCCCCUCAGAGUCGGAUGAGCUGCACACCAUUCCGGAGUGCGCAGCGGAACCGUCGGUGCAGGACAGCGACUAGAACCCUACUUCAGAGCCUCUUUGGGACAGAACUCUUGAACUGGACCAACCUCCCCCACAAGACCGAAACCCAGAAUGGCCACAGCAAGUACCUCUGGUCAAGCCCCCUUCGGGCUGGGCAAGCGGAAGAAGAACCCUGGACUCCUGGACCAGCUAGGUCGCUUCUUCGGAGGAGACAGGCGGAGAAAGGGCAAGGUGAGGAUGAGGAGUUUUCUGUGGGGGAAAACAAGACAGAAACUGCAUUCUGUGUUAUUGCUCCUUGUUUCAUUUAUUAUUUUUCCUAUUAUGUUGGAUGGGGGAUCUAUAGAAUGUAUUCAUAUUUCUGACUAUUUUUUUUCCUUGGUCUCCAUUUGACUUUCCAAAACUCGCAUACGAACCUGUGUUGUACACAGACAGUGGGUCAGUGUGGUUUGGGUGUGGUUAGACACCUGUGACACGCGGGAUAGAGUUUUGUGUCAAAGGGACAUCUUAAAAAUAACCUUCAGUUGUCUUUGAUAACUGUAAUCUACUUUUUCGAUUUCAUUAUCUUGAAUUUAAUUGCCUCUGUGCAUGUUUGUGACACGGUGUUUGUUCUCUGCAUUUGGUGGUGGUGCGGGAGUGAUCUGACCUGUCGAGUUAUUGAACACGGUGUGGAUUUGCCGGAGGCUGACUAUCAGUUUCCCCGCAACAUAAAUUAUUAAAAAGCCUGUUUAAUUUUUGUAUCUUUUAAUCUUGGGUUGGGGAACACAUCAGCGUUGCGGGGCUCGAUUCUUUUUCCUAGUUCAGAAUGUAGAUCGAUGCAGCUUUCGGAGGCUGCUGCUAGGUGACCGCUCUUAGUAUCGACCAAUCACAAGGAUUUCCCCAGUUCAUUUGUCCUCACGUAUGAGGACCAAAUGUCAGCCUUAAUAUCAUACCACUGACAAGGGAGAUAGUGGGCGGAUUUGUCAGCCUGAGUACCAGGAGCAGACACGCACGCCACCCAAGAUCUCGCUUAGAUCGUGUGAGGGUUUUUUUCUCUGUAGACAGCUCUACGCGAGUGUAACCUCCGAUACAUUAAACGGGUAGAUAUUUAGCUAAACUUUCCAUAAGCUGUAAGCUGUAUUACGAAUGGUACAGAUAUUUCACACGUAUAUAGUAUAUGCUGCAGAAUAUAUCACUGAAAUGGGGAAGGGGGGCUUUUGCUUAGAUGGGUGGGGCAGUCUUGCAUAGUGGGAUUUCAGAACUUGCUUGCUGGUAGUGGUUGAAUGAGAAGCGGAGAGACUAGACUUUUUUGUGUCCCUGGUCGUGCGACACUCUUAGUUUGAGCCUGGGGGGUCGUCGGUAGCACCCAGGUAGUUCUGGCCCCCAUCAUUGCCACUGUGUGGCUCCUGGGAUGUUGCUGCCAAUGAGCACUCAUUUCGCCCAGUUGUACUCCGAGAAAAGCCACGGUUGUUAUUAGGUGGGGGGGAAGGGGAUUCAGUAUGUCAAUCCAUCCCAAAGGUGGCAAGAAGCUAGACCGAAUCCCUCCACACGUGCUGCUGCGUUCCCCGUUAGCCUUCUCAUUUACCCCGAGCGGGGGCAUCAGCAGGGGCGAGGCGUGAGCCGGAGGUUCCGUAGAAAGGUCAGCACUCAGGUAGACAAGCUGCGCACCUCUGGUCAGGCCUCUGGUCAGGCCUCUGGUCAGGCCUCUGGUCAGGCCGUCUCAUUCAUGCAAAUAUCUCUAAACACACAAGUGACUGGAAUCGCCUUUGGGGAAAAAAGUACGUCUGCCUUUUGCAACAUCUGUCUGUUAUGUUUUUCUGAUCAGAAUUUUAUUGCUAAUAAUCAAUAACUAGUACUAGUUAGUAAGAACUAGUUAAAGGCUGUGUAUUUUAUGAUUUUUUUUUUCUUUUACUACUUGGGAUUAUCUUUCUUUUUUUUUUCAACAAAAUAAUUGGCUUAAGGUUUCCUUCAUAAUCACUGUAGUGAUCAGAUAUGUUUGACUUUUUUGUUUGUUUUGUUUUGGGGAAAAAAAUUAAAAAAUGCUAUUCCAUAUAAGAUGUCUCUGUGUAUACCAAAUAAUGUUCAGGUAUUUCUCUUGUACAAAGAAUUUUACUGUAUUGUUGGGGAACUGUGUUAUGUUUCAGUAAAAUGUUUAUAGGAAAUGUUCCUGUGAUGGGGUUUAAUUGAAAUUGUUCUUGAGGAUUUUUAUACAGAAAGCUUGCAGUUUGUACUCUUUUUUUUAAGACUUUUUUGAUGUUUAAAUAAUUUGAGGGAAACAAACUGCUUUUGAAAAGUAUUGUCCUACUCACAUGUAAUUCAGAUUAAUUAAGAUUUUACAGUAGCAUGAUAAAAUUGUUACUUUAUUCCAAAUGUUCACACAGUGUUAGUGCACAAGUACAGUAGUGGUAUUUAAAAAUGUUUUGUAUUUUAUCAAAAUGUUUGUUAAAAUUGUUUUGCCUACCCCCCCAUAUUGCUUAAUGCAUGACAAUUUAUUGAGAAGAAGCUCUGCCAGUAAUAGGCAGUGCAAUGUUAAUAAGUCCAAGAGAGCGAUAUUCCAUUACUCUGCCUGCUUCUCGUUAAGAGAUAAAUGGCUGAAAUCAGGGGAUGGUUCAUUGAUUAUCCGCAUUGUCACAAUCACUCUGCCACAGGAAGGAGGUCACGAACUGCACUUCUAAGUUAAUGCAUGAAUGAGUUAAUAUGAACAAUCGUGAAAAUUAAAAACUCCCCGUUUCCUCUCCCAGUCGUUAAUGGUCUGCCAGCUUCCCCACCAGCUGGUGACAGCCUGGCGUCGUUCGUUAUGUCACAUUAGCUGAGACGUUGGUCUGUGGUGAGCCGCCGUGUCGGUGACGUAGCGCUCCCACCAUAAAUCAUGCUAUAUAGGCCACCUGCUCUUAUCUUUAAAUUUUAAUGUAAUUGUUCUUUUUCUAUAUGCCUUAUGAAUGACAUUAAUGCUUCUGGUCACAAACUGCUAUGAAUUGUGUGUGCAAGCCUUUUCUCUGCCUCUCUAACAUGAGCUUUGGAAUAGUACUUUAUUAAAGUCUAACAAAAAUGACUCUUGCAGAUGUUUGUUUUUUUUUGUCAGCAUGUAAACCCUAACCGGCUUUAAACCAUAACCUGGCUGUAUUGUGUGAUUAACUGCUGCCUGCUCUCACUUAUGCAGCUAGACAUGAAUAAGCGUGCUAAUCGUUCUGCAGAGUCUUCAGCACGUUUGUGUCUGUUGUGUCUGCUAUUGUGCUCAAGCUCGAAAUGUGCUAGAAAUGUAUCUGGGUGUAUUAUAGACAGAGCGAGCCUUCGGAUUGCAGAGUCCGACAGGUAGUCCGACGUACAAGUGCAUCGUUAAAACUGUAAUGAUGUCACCCGGGUAAUUAGCCUCAAGCCACUCCCCCCCCCGAGUACCAACUGGGCUGUGAAUCUCAACACCACCCGCCUCUCAGCCCCUGUGGGAUCGAUUGGUUUGGGUCCAGGAGCACAGUGGUCAGAAUGGGGGGGGGGGGGGCAGCAGCACGUGGUAUAGAGCCUGUCCAGCUGGUUAAUAUGUGGGCUCCAUGCUGUGCAGGGCUGGAGGGGAGGGUAUGUGGUGUGUUUUAUGUGUUGUUGUCACCAUUCAAGGACUGCUGUAAAGCCUGUCCCUCCUGUCUAUAGCCAGUUACAUCUAAGCCCCCUAGUGGACUGAGACUGUACUGCAACAAAUUCUUCUGUUAAUCUCGGAUAAUCUUUAAUAGGAACUUUAGUCGUGCUGUCAAAGGUCAACCAUAGCUAUUAAUUUUUUUUGCUGCCAAGCUUUUAUUCAAUUCAGUUCAAUUCAAUUUAUUUUUAUAUAGCGCCUUUCACAACAGUCGUCCAAAAGCGAUUCACAGGGAUGUGUCGUGAUACAUUAAACAUCAUUAGAGAGAGUGAUACACGUUU